UGCAAAGCACUUUUGAUCAUAGCAGCAAGUAUCCUCUCAUCAUCGUCACUCACUACUCUAACCGUGCGAGUGCUCUUGGUCCUGUUGAAUCAUGGCCGGAGAUGGUGUUGAUACUUUUCCAGAUUUGCUAAGUGUGUACAGAACUUCCGUUCCCAAGAACAAUAGUAUCUCUCAAAACUCUGUUCCAAAUAUUUGGAGAACUUCAAAUAUUAUUGAGAAGCUGAAGCUGAAGCUGGUAACGAGGGUGACUAACAAAAGCAAUUCUAUGUCUCCUGAGGACAAAAGCAACACUCCUCAGUCAGUAUUGACUCCAACAUUGGAGGAAGAGGAGGAGGAGUUAAAUUCACCUACUGGAGUUGAUGCAACUACAUCUGAAAAAUCCAUAGAAACCUAUGGUGAAAACAAUGAUGACAUUGUUGACAACAUAUCUGAUAUUAAUGAUGACAUUGUUGACAACAUAUCUGACAUUGUUUCGGAAAGUGACGAUGAUGAUUGUUGUUCUUUAGAUGACAUUGACUCGGACACUGGGGAGAGAAGCCAUGAUGAUAAGAUAGUCAAUGAAGAUUUGGAUGAUUUCAAUCGUCACUCCGGAGAUAAGCCAAAUUUGGAGUUUGAAAUGAAAUCAUACCAAGAGAUGGUUGAGAGAGAGAUAAAACAAACCGAUGAUAGUCCUCCGAAGGAAGAACACAUCAAAUCACAAGUCUCUGCUGAUUCUUCAUGUGAAUCAAGUGAGAAGUUAAAUCUGGGACCAGAAGAAAACCAUGUUGAUAGACAGAACAAGGAGAUGGACGUAGCAGAAAAUAGUUUCCAGGACCAAAUCCAAGUCAUUGAACAAACUGUAUCAGCAAAGGGAGACCAGUUUGUGAAAUUUGAGGAGAAGGAGAAGGACAAGGAGAUUAUGCAGUUGGUGUCGGAGAGAGAGAAAAUAAUGAGAAAUCAUGAAGAGAAAUGGUUGGCUCUGAAGAAGAAACAGUGGCAGGAGCUGGUUGAACUUGAGAAGGAACUAGAGAAUGAACUGGCGCAGCUCACGGAUAAGUACACUUCUGACAUCAAUUAAAAAAUCACACCUCAAAUCAUAAGAAAAAGUUGUAAAAAUUAGUUGUCUACGUAUAAUUAUCCUUAUUUCUAAAAACUAAAAGAGGAAAGUGGCUAAGGUCAAAAUCAUCUACUCACAUUGGACAAGUUUUACUGAUAUCAGAAUUUUGGUCUCAUUUUACUCCAAAAUGUAGUUUUUGUUCUUAUUGUAUUUGUAAAGCAUUCUUUGCUUACAAGUGUCCUGUUCCUGCACAAUUCUCAUUCAUUGAUAAUGUAAUAAUUUUUAUGAACAA